GCUCGUCCUGCCCCAACAGAGCCACUUCAUCUGGAGGCUUUCAGAGCAGCUGGGGAGGUUGGAGGUUCCGUUCAGUAUCCGGGAAUAACGGACCGAAGGCAGGAAAUGGCCAAAACAUACGACUAUCUGUUCAAACUGCUGCUUAUCGGUGACAGCGGCGUCGGCAAAACGUGCCUGCUGUUUCGGUUCAGCGAAGAUGCCUUCAACACAACCUUCAUAUCCACGAUAGGAAUUGACUUCAAAAUUAGGACAAUAGAGUUGGACGGCAAGAAAAUAAAGCUUCAGAUAUGGGACACGGCAGGCCAGGAGAGGUUCAGGACCAUCACAACAGCCUAUUACAGAGGGGCCAUGGGCAUCAUGCUGGUGUACGACAUCACCAAUGAGAAAUCCUUCGACAACAUAAAGAACUGGAUACGCAACAUCGAGGAGCAUGCAUCCUCGGACGUGGAGAGAAUGAUCCUUGGCAACAAGUGUGACAUGAACGACAAGCGACAAGUGUCCAGGGAGAGAGGAGAAAAGUUGGCAAUAGAUUAUGGGAUUAAGUUCCUGGAGACCAGUGCAAAAUCCAGCCUUAAUGUGGAAGAGGCCUUUUUCACACUUGGAAGAGACAUCAUGACAAGACUCAACAGAAAAAUGAAUGACAACAGUGCCUCAGGAGGUGGUGGACCAGUCAAAAUCACAGAGAGCCGGUCCAAGAAGAGCAGUUUCUUCAGGUGUACGCUGUUGUAGGCGGAGCCUCGCCUCUGCCGUCUCCCUUUGCACCUCCUCUUCUUCAUCUUCUCUGGUCUGCCUGGCUUUUGCGCAGCAAAACUUCCCACAGCAUGGAAGAACUCUGCACACCUUUGUUUCUGCUGCAGAGACGCUGCUGUGAAUGCCAUCAGAGGAAUGAGUCUUAACUCCCAUUUCAAAGGAAGAAUACAUAUACAGAGAACCAUAAAAAAAGGAAUGAAAAGAAGGAAUGACCCCCAAAUGUCAACUCGUUUCGCAGUCUCUCAUCAUCUUUCCAGAUCAGCUAUGACUGGCAGCGGACACUCCAUUUUUUAAAGUUUUUUUUAUUUUUUAUUUUUUCAGCUGAAAUGCUUAAAAAAAGUCCGUGUGCUUUUUCAUACAGCUAAAACUGCCUCUUAACUUUCUGACUUUUCUCUCUUUUGUUUUCUCACAGCCAUCAAUUCAGCAUCAUUUUCUGAUCCUGGCAGAUGCAGCGUUCUAAUUAAUAUUGCAAUAAUGCUUGUUGGAAAGGAAAUGGAAGUCUCCAUGCUAAAGACUUUAAAUGCCCUGGGUAAGCGUGGCAGAAGAGCGUAGCUUGAGGACUGAACCAUUUGAUGGGACAGAAACCCAAAAGGGGAAAAAUGUCACAGUUUUAUUUUCUACCAAAGCCUACUGAAUCACUGGGCUUGUCCCACUUGAUGAGGUCAAGUAUAUCUUUCAGUAACUUGUAUUUUGUGUUUUGUGUUUGUGUAUUUUCUAUAACCUUUCUAUAAUCGCUGAAAUUUCACAAUAGCUCUGAAGAUUUAGAAAUUGGAACUCAAUUCACAAGUUCAAAAAUUAUAAAUAAGUACGGUUUGAAAAAAAAAAAAAAAAAAAGGUAAAACACAUUUCUGAAUAUUAUUCAAGCCCUUGCUUCCAAAAACUAAAUCUUCGAGGAUCAAAUUGUCUGAUGUUGACAAAGUUUAUGUAAAUCUUAAGAAUAUCGUAAUGAAAUAUGUUACAUAGUAGUUUAUGUAUACAUCAGCCUGCUUAGAUUGAUCCUUGUGGAAACACCCAGAAGCACCGGGAAGGGUUGGGAAUCUGUGCUCUCUAACGUCUCCUGACAGCACAGUGCGGGACAGAGGAAGACGGCUUGAUUGCACUCUUUGAAAGUGAAUUCAUGACCUCUUCAGAUUUUGGACUCUGUGUUUCUGCAGUCUUUAUUUGGAGUUCUUUUUUUUUCUUUUUCUUGUGGUCAGAAUGCAGGUUGGAAAAUAUGAAUGUUUAUUUAGAUUUGACCUUGCUAGAAAAUGGGAAACAUUUCUUGUUGUUUCACUGCACUGUGUUUUGCUGCCAUCGGACGACAGACCUUGCACCUUCUCACGCCACAGUUGGUGUGUCAUGCGUGUGCUGACGAAGUUUAAAGGUCCCAUGUUAAUCAGGUUCCAUGAUUUAGUUUUCAAAUCUACUCAGGCUCAGGAUCAGAAGAGUUUAAAGAUGAAUUAGCUAAGCUGAAUGAAUGGGAAGAUUAAGUCCUCACAAUACUGGACCCUGACUGGCCGAGCACAGCAGCCCCUUUAUUUCAAAUGAGGUAAACCUGCUGAGUGGAGGCUUUCUAUUUCAAACACUGCAGUCUGGCCUGAUUUAAGUCUAAAACUGACCAGGGGGAAAAAAAAAAAAAAACUAACUUUAAUCCCUCAAAUCAAACAUUUAACAAUGUUUAAAUCAGAAAUGCAUUUAAAAAGGGGAACAGGUAAAUUCCUGUAAUAUGGGACCUUCAAUAUCUCUACAGCUCACCAUGAUGUGUAAUCAUCAACCAGAAAACGAGUCUUAAUAUUCUGUACCAAACGCAAACAAAUCAAUGUCCUUUCUACUCCAUUCAAGUUCUGUGAUCUUACCGCUUGCAUGUCCUGUUGUCUUAGCAGUUGGCAAACCAGUUGGCUCGUGCUUCACCUGGUUUUUGGCGCAUGUGCAUUUCAACAGUGGCUAUCACUCCCGGGUGAAGGAGCAGGCUCAGAUAGGGACAUUCAGAGUUCUUGGCCGCGCCAUUUAGGCAGUCUGGCAGAAUGUGACUUUUUGAACAUAUUAGGUUUUCAUACCGACAGCAGCAGUUUGAACAGGAGCUAUAAAACACUGUAGAACUUACGUUUUUUCUAAAAUGUGCAAUACUAUAUGACAAGUCAAAGUCUUCCCUGGCUAACAGCGACUUUGUUGGACACCUAAUUGGAGUAAAACCACUGUCCAAAGCCUACAACCUCUUAACAUUCGUCACUUUGGGAGUCUAGUAUUUCUUUUCCAGAUGUGUCUUCUUAAAAGUAGAAUGUUUCUUUUGUGUUUGACUCCAAACAUUCUUGCAUUCCAUUCAGUGAAAAGGCCUUGCCUUGGUUACAGGAGUCAACAGUAUUUCCUGAAACAACAACCACAAAAAAAAAAAAAAAACUUUGGUAGCAGAUACACUCUUAAAAAUGAUGUCAUUUUCUGCACAGCAAGGGCACCGUGCAAAUUCAUACAUUCUCUCAAUGGAAAUCUUGGGAGAGCAAAUAGAUAGCAAAGAGAGGACUACACCAAUGUUUUGAGAGUCUGGCAAGAGUGUAUGACACUGGAGCCAAAAUCAUUUAUGGGUCGCUGGCAGAGUGUGGAUUUUGUCUGAAGCUGACCCAAGAUGAGAGCACAGUAACCGAGCCCGACACCAGCCUGACAGGCAUUCUUCUUUUCGUGUCUGAACCCGACCCAAGCCCAAGAUUUUGCUUGUCCUUCAUCGCUAGGUUACUUUUACCGAUAUGUUGCCUUCAGUGUCGUCUUGUAAACUCCAGCACUAUAGAGGAAGUUGCCCAGAACAGACAGUAGGUCCAUGAUUUUUCAACACCAACAUGACCGAACCCGAAUAUAAUUUCUAAAUUUUUGUCCAAACCUUGCCUGACCCACACUGACGGGCUCGGGUCAGGUAUCCACUCUAGUCUCUAGUUCAAUGAUUUUCAACUUUGGGGUCUAGGGACCUCCAGGGGUCCUUGAAGGGCGUUCCUCAGAAAAAUGGGGAAUAUUUUAAUUGAAUUUCAAUUUUUAUUUCAUUGUCUAGAAGUUAGUCCAGUGAGAGAAUGUAUGUAUAACAAUAGAUGAGGUGACAAAUGGGGAAAAAGCCGGUGUAGUCCUUUUACAGAGUUGUCCUCUGCUUCUGGCUGCAUUGGGUCUACCAACUUAUUUGUGGUAGGAACUAAAAAAUAACAGAUGUUUUGAUCAGAAUCAUGACUAAAAAAAUGAUCCUCAUCUAUUUCAUAUGAGAUUAUCUAUCCAAAAAUAUGAGCCUUACUGGGCUAGUCAUGCUGUAGUGUUGGUGUGUGUAGGUAAGGACGACAUACAUCUGUGUUAUUUUCCGAUAAAACCUGUGAUAACCUGUGUUACUAUAUGCUGCCAGUGUGUUGACAAGUCACUCUAGAUGUGUUGCUGCAAACCCCACCGAUGUGCUGAAAACAGCCCGUCAUUGUUAGGAGUGUAUUUACAAAGUGCUUAACAGAUGAACGACCUCUGUUGUCUCUUUCUGUGUGUAAAUGCAGACUUUGGUAUAGUUAAUUAUGGUAUUCUAUUUUUAUAUUUUAUCCUUGAAAAUAUCUGACUGGCAUGUUGCCCUGACAUGCUUGUAAAACCAUAGGAAAACCACUCGAUGCAUGCUUGUUUUUGCUUUUCAGCAGCAAAGAUUUGUUUAUUACUUUUUUUUUAUUAUUUUAUUUCAUAGAGGAAAUCUAUACAGCCGCUGUUUGUGAAUUCUUCUGUUACUCAGACAUUUUUUAUUGUUAAACAACUGUGUUGUGUUUACACCCUACUGCAGCAGUAUUAAUCCCUCCUUCAGCUGCACUUCAUGGUCUGUGUUUGUGUGCAUUUGUGUGUCCAUGUGUGCGAAAGAGAGAGAGAGAGAGAGAGAGAGAUUGCCUGUGCGCUGUAUGUUCAUAAAUGUGUGCUCUGACAAAAGGUGCUUUUAACAAACACAUCCUUCAUGCAAAGUAGCAAUCAUCUGUCAAUCACGGUUUCAGUGAAAGAUCAAACUUGUCAUUAGUUUUAGGUCGUAGAACUUGACUACAAUCUGAGGAGGAGCGAUAAUCAGGCUGCAGGCAUUUUCCACAAAUAUACUGCUCCAGUCAUUUUCACUGAACCUCUUUAAAAGCCAUCCAGUGUUGUACUCAGGGUUCCUACACAGGUCUGGGAUGUUUGGAGAUGUAUGGAAUAAUGUUGUGUCAUCCAUAUGAUCCGAAUCACUCUGUGGUCUCUGUGGUGUUACAGGUUGUGUGUGUGUGUGUGUGUGUGUGUCUAUAGUUUUACAUGGCAAGAAACGAAGGUGUCGGGGAAGUGAAAAAUGAAAGCUGUGUAGGAACCCUGUGUUGUUUCUCUGCAGUGCUCCACUGCUCAAUCUACAUGAAACUGAAACUAUUACAUGAAUGUAAAAAAAGAAAGAGAGAGAGAAAUGAAAUACAUUUAGAAAACUCUGUAUAUGUUGAGGGCACAGUUGAAAACUCACUUUUACACGUUUGUGUUUAACUGAUAACUUUUUAUUGCUCAUAUUAUACUGUAAUAGUAUUGUCCAUUUGUUUCUGUUGAGUUUCUGAAUUUUGCUGAGUAGGCUUUAUGAACUUUGGGUAUGAAUGAAGCCUGCAGUAAUGUCGUUAAAGGGAGAGUUCACCUCUUUUGAAAAAUGUGAUAUUAUUUCACCCCCCAGUUGUUCUGUAGGACAGUGGUGUUUCUAUCUCCCUCUCAUUGUUACUGAGUGCUGGAUACUGGCUGGAUGCUCCAAAUGCUAACUGUUAGCCUCCUGCCAUUGAGCUGGACUUCCCCCCAGCUAACAUUCUGAAAAAUAACCGCCUUAAUCCACUGAAAGAGGGUUUAACAUCACUUUACAGAUGUCGCUUUCUCAUCGAACCAUAAUCCAGCUCUUAAUUAGAGGAAGAUAGGACCAAGUGAAAUAUCACAUUUUUCAAAAAGAGUCACGUUUUCCUUUAAUUGUUAAUAUUUACAAAGCACUUGAUGUUGUGCUAUGCAAGUAUUAGCUAUUGCUAUUGUAAGCUGACUGGUCGAGCCAUUCAACAAUGAUAUGAACUCUGUUUUACCUUAUUUAUUAAUUUUGAUCUAAAUGAAAAGGUUUGAAGAAAAUUUCUAAAACUUGGUUGCUUUUUCCCCCGCACUUAAAAAAAAAAAAAUCAGAUCGCAAGAUGUAACUGCUAAGAUUGCUUUUUUUUUUUUUGCAGUGUGAACCUUCAUAUGGGUUAUAACGUGUUAUUUCUGGUCCACUGUGUUUGCAACUAUGAAUUGAAACGUUUGGCUUGUCUCAUUGAAGAAUGAAUUGUCAUACUGUCAUGCAGUAAUGAUGAUAAUAGUCAUUUGUUACAGCCAGGACCAUCAAAUCACACAUGUGCGCUACAAGGUGCGUACACUUCUUAACAAAAACCAUUUCCAGUGGCUUUGUAAUAAGGAAACCACCCCUUUAACAUCCUCCUCUCAGAUGUGAAACCAUAUUAUCGGCUUUCAAAUCAUGUUCCAUUCUCUGCUCAGUGUACUCUGCGUCAUAUUGAGCGUUAUUGCAGUGUCACCUGAUUGUACAAUAAUUAAAGAAGUUGUUUUUUAUUCUA